AUGAUAUUUUUAAAAUGUAUCAAAUUAUUAACCUUUGUUUUACUGUUACUUAUCUAUUCAAAAAAUGUAGUUUACACAAAUGUAACCAAUAUAAAAAACACGGAAAAUAUCAAUAAAGAUAAUUCCUAUGAAAAUAUAGUAAAUAUAACAGAGAAAAAAAAUAGUAGAGAUGUUAACAACAAAGGUAAAAAUAAUAAUUAUGAAUUAGAACAGUUAAAAGUACUUAGAAAAGAAAAUAAAGAAGGUUUAAAUAAAGAAAAUAAAGGUGGAUAUAAAAUAAAAAAGAAAGAAGAUGAAACAAACAAAAAUGGUAUUUCCUCUAAUGAACAGUUUAUCACUAAUAACUUACUUGAUGAACAAAAUUCUUUAAAUACUUUAAAUAUGUCUAAUAAAAAUAAGGGAAUAGAAAGAAAUACAAAAGGUGAAAAUUUACUCAUAAAUAAUAGUAUGGUAGAAAAUUUUUUUCUUUCCCUAAUGAAUCAAGAAAGAAAUGAUCCAGUAAUUAGGGGUGAAGAUGAAGCAAAUAAUUUAACUGAAACAAAAGUUACCAAUGAAAAUAAUGAAGAAAAUAUUGCUUUUACUCAAGGUUUAAUUAAAAGUAUAAUGAACACAAAAGGAGAAUCACAAAAAAAAGCAAUAAAGGAUAUUUUAGAAAAUCCUGAAGAUUUAGACAUUAUAACGUGUGUUGCUAAUGAUAAUUUUCAAAAAGGAAAAGAUUUAUUCAACACAGGUAAAGAUGACUCAGAAAUAAUAAAAAAGAAUAUAAUAAAAAGAAAUAACGAUAUUAAAGAGACAACUAACCUUAUAGAUGAAAGUGUAUAUAAGCUCGAACAAGUAAUUAUGAAGGUGAGAUUUUAUACGACAGUUAUAAACAAUUUUAUACAUUUUAAAAGUAACUAUGUCUGCGAAUAUUCUAAAUGUGGUGAAAAUGCUCGUUGUUAUGUUAUAGAAAAAGGUAAAGAACAAUGCAGAUGUAGAGCUAAUUAUAUUCAAGAUACCAGUGUUAGUCACUUUAAGUGUAUACCUUUAGACAAUAAAGAUUGUUCUGUUAAUAAUGGAUUUUGUGAUAUAAAUGCAACUUGCUCAAUUGCUAAUGAUAAAAUUAAAUGUCAAUGUAAUAACCUUUUUAUUGGUGAUGGUAUUUUUUGUGUUAAAAAUUUUCAAGUAAAACAAUCAUUAUUUAUAAUUAUAAUAGUUAUAAUAUGCUUUUUUCAAAAAUACUUUUUAUAA